GAACCUUGAUUUAGACCCAUGUUUCUCAAACUGUGGAUAUUUUCUCAGAGAGUUGACUAAGGUUGAAGAACCUGAGUGGAAACUGGCCCCGCUCUCCUCCACUUCCAGCUGUCAUGAAAGCUAAUGAAAGCAGCCAAUCGCGGCAUCAAACAGCCAGUCAAUCAAAGCAACAAAUCUAUUUUUCCUUCUCCCAUGCAUUAGUUGUGCUCUCAGAGUUUCUGCUCGCUCCUGCAGCCUCGGCAGCUGUGAGCUAGGUGGCCGCACACACGCAUUUAUCGCGCCCAGCUGAGGCAGCGCCAGACGCACAUGGGCUCCGUCCUGCGCACCGGGGGAUCUCCAGCAGCCGCAACCGAGAGGAGGGCACUGCCAGCCGGCUCGGGAGUAGCGCUCAGCCCGCCUGGACUCUCCCACUGACACACACACACUCACAGAGACACACACACAGCGAGAAACACGCAGAGAGGAGGUGAUUUUUCCCGAGCUGCGCUUCGGCUGGAAAAGAAGAGCGAGUGGGGGGAAAACAGGCGAAAACACUCCCCUCUUCUUUUUAUUUCCUGUCAGUUUGUUUUAUUUCCUGCUGCCAGAAACCAGGAACCGGGACUGAAGUGAGCUGCAUCUCCGAGGAUGAAGCAAAACUAGAUCUACGGUCGUGGCUCUGAGCUUGUUUUACUGGAUUUAUUCCGCUGUGGAGGAAGAAGCGACCCGGUGCGCACAGAAACCCUCUCUUCUUCCUCUCCUCUCCGCCUGUCUCUCCAUCUAUCAAUCUGUCCAGCUCUCCUCCUCUAUCUGUCCGUCUAUCCGUCUGUGCUGUUUCCAUGUUUGUAGGUCCGUGUGAUUUUGCUAAAAUGCAUCAUCAGCAGCGGAUGGCAGCUUUGGGGACAGACAAGGAGCUGAGCGACCUGCUGGAUUUCAGCGCGAUGCCAAACAGCGAUUUGAAAAUGUUCCCAACAUCCAUGAUGUUUUCCCCUCCUGUUAGCAGUGGAAAGAACGGACCCACCUCUCUGGGGAGCGGACAUUUCUCUGGCUCAAGUAUGGAGGAAAGAACAAAUGCAGCAUCGUGGGCGAGUGGAAGUCGACCCUCUAAGAGUUACGCAGACGGGUCACAGUACAUGGCGUCACACGACAGCCUCUCGCCUCCGUACUCAAACUCCAGGCUAACAGGUAAAUCGGAGAGGAGUUCUUACUCGUACGGCAGGGAGUCCAACCCACACUGCCAUCAGUCUGCGCUGGGGGGUGAGCUGGGUUUGGGGAGCCCCAGUGCAACGUCGCCCACCAAGCCGGCGGGUCAAUACUACCAGCACUACGGCUCCAACCCGCGGAGGAGAACGCUGCACAUGGACACCAUGGACGUCCACACAAAGAAAGUGCGGAAGGUCCCUCCCGGCUUGCCGUCCUCAGUUUACGCUCCGUCUGCCAGUACAGCCGACUACAACAGGGAUUCGCCUGGUUAUCCCUCCUCCAAACCGCCCAGCGCUGGCUUCCCCAGUUCCUUCUUUAUGCCAGAUGGUCACCACAGUGGAGACCCCUGGAGCAGCAGUAGCAGCAGUAUGAGCCAGCAGGGUUACCACAGCAGCAUGUUGGGGGGCGGGAACUCAGCACACGGCCCCGCCCAGAACUCCUCCUACUGCGGGAUCCACCCUCACGACAGAUUGAGCUACCCUUCACACUCAUCCACAGACAUCAGUUCCAGCCUUCCUCCCAUGUCCAGCUUCCAUCGAGGGGGAGGCGGUGGAGGCGGAGCCAAUCACUACAGCACCGCCUCUUGUACCGCCUCCACCAACGGCACAGACAGCGUCAUGGCUAACCGAGCACAGAGCGCCGCAGCCAGCAGCUCCCAAACAGGAGACGCCUUAGGGAAAGCACUCGCAUCAAUCUACUCUCCAGAUCACACGAACAACAGCUUCUCAUCCAACCCUUCCACCCCAGUCGGCUCGCCGCCUUCACUCACAGCUGCCAGUUCAGCCGUCUGGUCGAGAAAUGGAGGACAGGGAGCGGCUUCGCCAAACUACGAGGCUCCUCUGCACUCACUGCAAAGUCGCAUCGAGGACCGCCUGGAGCGUCUGGACGACGCCAUCCACGUACUGCGAAGCCACGCCGUGGGUCCGUCGACGGGAAUGACAAGCAGUCACGGCGACAUGCACAGCCUCAUCGGAGCCGCGCACACGCACAACGGCGCCAUGGGUGCUCUGGGAAGCGGCUACGGGACGGGGCUGCUAUCAGCCAACAGACACUCGCUCAUGGUUGGCUCUCACAGAGAAGAUGGCGGCAGCGUGGGCAGUUUGCGUGGAGGUCACUCCAUGGCGGGUCAGGUGUCGGUGCCUCAGCUGCCGGUUCAGUCGGCCACCUCGCCGGACCUCAGCCAGCCCGACCCGUACCGCGCUCUGUCCGGAGGUCUUCAGCGACAGAGCACCUCCUCGGUCAGCUCAGAGAUAAAGUCUGAGGACGAAGGAGAUGAGAACCUUCUGCAGGACACGAAGCCCCUGGACUCCAAAAAGGAGGACAUGGACAAGGAGCUCAAAGCUAUUGAGAGGUCAAGAUCUAGCAACAACGACGACGAGGACUUGAGCCCAGAGCAGAAGAUGGAGAGGGAGCGGGAGCGAAGGAUGGCCAACAACGCUCGGGAGCGGCUGCGCGUCCGCGACAUCAACGAGGCGUUCAAGGAGCUGGGCAGGAUGGUGCAGCUGCAUUUGAAGAGCGACAAACCGCAGACCAAGUUACUGAUCCUGCAUCAGGCCGUCGCCGUCAUCCUCAGUCUGGAGCAGCAAGUCCGAGAGAGAAACCUGAACCCCAAGGCGGCCUGUCUGAAGCGUCGCGAAGAAGAGAAGGUCACUGUCACAUCAGAUGGGACUCCCCUCACGCUGGCCGCUGCCCACCACGUCGCCGCCGCCGCCAUGGGCGAUGGACCAAACCCCAUGGGACAAAUGUAAACUGCAGCAAACUCUCCUCCCCCUGAAUGGUCCAAGGUGCCAGAGUUCAUCAGGAUGAUGAGUGAACACUUCCUCUGACGGCGUUUUCCACCACAACCCGCCAAUCAAUCACACUCGCUGUUGCACCAGCCCGACCAAGUAGUUCCUCUGGAAUUUCGGCCUGACCGGUCAGAUCCGUCUUCGUCUCCUCUAUGAUCUGUCGUCUCCGACCCUCUUCUUCACCGUCAUCUUCUUCUCCUUCAGUCGAGAAAAACAGACUUCAGAGUUGCAUUUGUUGCUUUUGUCUCUGCAUCUCCAGCUGGAGUGAACUGGAUGUUUCUUUGUGGAGACGUCCGAACGGCCGCUGUAAAGUGACAGCAUCGGACAGAUUUAUUUGGAACCACCCAAAGAACUCUUGUGUUACAUGUUUUUAUCAGCAUUCCCAGGACAAAGGGUUCUAUAUAAAUAUAUAUAGUAUAUAUAUAUAUAUAUAUAUAUAAAUGUAAGAAAACAAACAAAAUGUUUAAAAAGUUCGACUGACGCAGGCAGCGAGGAAGGUUGGGUUAAGGGGGGAUGGUCAGAACGGAGCAAAACAUAUCACAAAAUCUUUAAAGAGAUUCUUCUUUUUUAAAGCAACAUUUGCGCAGCGGUCGAACGCAGCAUCAACAAGUCUGUUGACUGAACGCCGGUCUAACGCCACACUGUGGAUGAAGCUGUCCCUGACCUCCUCUCGGAUAGAUGCACACGAAGAGGAUUUGGAAAAACUCCCUCAAACUCUUAAACUCCUGCUGAGAAAAGCUUAGGAAGAGAAACCUGCUGCAACCGACAGGAGCGUUUAGGUUUUUAUUGUUGCUUCAUGCUGAUAUCCACAUUGACUUCAUUCACACUGAAAAAUUGCACAAACUCAUGUCUUUGUAGUGGUAAUAAAGUACAAAAAGCUCGGACAAUAGCGACCAAACAGUGUCCCAACUAGAAAGGAGAGUCAAUCAUCAGUGAGGAACUGUACAAGAACGAACUCCAACAUGGAGAUAAAACAAUAAACAGACCAAACAGAAGAGCAGCGAGGUAAGGGCAGGAGCUUCAGACGACAAAUCAUCGAGAGAUGAAAGUAAAGAUGAUCCAUUCAUACUUGGAUUUGAGCUGGACUGAUUAACAACGUGAAUCACAUUCCUUUAGCCGUGCUACUUAAAUCAAGUUCUCGAAUAUGUCUGGUAGGCCCAAAACCACAAUGGGGGGUAGAACCAUGGAAACGGAGUGGAACCAAGGUCCUAGAGAUCUCAGCGAUGGUGCCAUUUCAGAGGAAGCAGGGGAACAAUCAUCGGGGCGAGGCGUCUACUGUCACUCCAAGGGCCAACAACUGUAGUCGAAGCAUCCCCAUGUCAGACUGUUGUGAUUCCCUCAUUUUCUGGUUUAGUGUCUGCCUGGUUCUGAUCCAAAUCCUCCAACCCCAGUCCUCUGUCCUGCUGAUGUACCAUCAAUGGUGAAAGGGGGCUUUAAGAUGGUGGUCCUAGGGAAUUCCAGUACGGAGAUAGGUCAUCUAGACUGGUUGGGUCAGGGAAGCUUCUCACCAGCAGCAUUCAAAGCAUAAUGUCAUAACAGUAAGCAGAGGCAGACCCAACUCAGGACCCAAAUAGCAGAGACCAGAGGUGAAAGCAGUAAAAACUGGGUUUGAUUCACGUACAAAAAUACAUAAAAUAUAUAAAAAUGAAACCCAAACGGUGUCAGACUAAUCCACUGAAACAGGAAAACGUUCCACUGAAAGGACACUUGAAAAAGAUCAGAUUAAAACAGUGAGUUAGAGCUUUCAGGAGUCCAUUCCCUGAGCAGAGGUCCACUUUGAUGACUAGGAAAUAAUCUCCACCUUCUGGUCUGUGCCAGUGUCCAUGUCGUUCUUGUAUGCUAAAGCCCUAGAUGUUCCUCCUCCAACAGCCUCCACCUCAGAGAGACGGAGAAGGGACCGAUUUUACUGCAUCGUGAUCACGCUUUCUUACGUGAGCAUAAUGCUGCCAAUAAACCCCAUCAGUUACCCCCUUUGACCACCAUCUAUAGGUCCUACUUGGUCCUCCAGACAGGGUGAAGAACUUUACUGGCAGUAGAGCUAUUGCUCCUCUACAUGCUCCUCCUGUCACUUGAGGUAACUCAGCUUCAUUGCACCUCCAAAGGGAGGCGCACCCAAGGCAAAAGUAGAAUUUUCUGGAGGUCCUGUAUAUUCCAUCUGGCCUGGGAACACCUUGCGACUGCCUAGUUUGAGCUGAGUGUGACUGGAUCUCUGGUUUUCCCUCCUGGAUCUGUUCCCUAAUCUUGCUUAAGUGGAAGCCAAUCCUCCAUUAGAUGAAAACAGAUGCAACCUGUCCAACUACGAACAACCACCGUCAACCACAAUGCCAAUAAAUAUACAGCUUACUUAGACAUUAUGAUGGUUUUCAAUACUUCAAAUUUGGACCUUCUUCGCCAGUGUAAGGCUAUUAGCUGGACCCGGUAGACCUACCCUAAUAGUUCUGGGUGUGAAACAUGCAGAGACAUAGGUUAAAAUGGGAAUCACCUCUAGUGAUUUUGGUUUUAAUUUACCAUGAGAGAAAGGUUCUGUUGUUUUAGUCUGAACAUUCGUCUGCUGUUGAUGUUAUAAUUAACCCAACAGAUCCAGCAGCAGACCUGCAUCAAUCCCAGUCUUUAUAUACUGCCUUUAUAAAUGUGGCAGAUGAAACUCCGUAAUAAGAAUAUCAGGAACAUCGGGUCCAAAUGGAAGCUUAAUAAAACUCCUCGCUCCACCUUCUCCUAGAGCUGUUUGGAAUAUCUACAAGAACAAGAAAUAUCCCACUCUGGAAGCCCCCUUUCACCCCAGUUUUACCAACCCAUUCCAGUAACUCGACUAAUACUAGCCUUACGAGCCCAGAACCAAGCCCCGGUCUCCAGCCUCUUGCCCCACAUCAUCCCUCUCUCCCACAGAUGCAAUUUGAACAUUCACAAUUCUACCAAUGUGCCUUUUUUAGAGUUCAUAUCAUUCGAGUUGCCAGAGGAGGACAUUUACCUGGUCUUUUAAUAGGAUGCAAGCUUAGGGAAACCUGUUCUUAGUGGUUAGGUUCUAUGCAGUCAGGUUUUUUACCAGACCUGGGAAUUUAAAAAAAGCUAAAAAGGAAAAAAAAGUAUUUUUUGGAUAAAAAAAAAGUUAACUGUAUUUAAUGUACUGUAUGCUUACAUGUAAGUAGACGGCGUGUUCUGGCUUCGAGCCGAUGGAAUAGACGCUUCGAUUUAGCGAGACUAACCCCUGUCCCGGUCCUCCUCAGCCCCCAAAGUCCUCCAUAACCCCAACCCCGGUCCCCUGGUCCAACCCUCUGUCCAAGGUGGACAAUGUGUCUCUUGUAUUAUAGCUUAUCAGCUUUUUAUCAAUAUUUGAUCGGCUUGUCCGUAAGCCAAUGUAGUCUUCAGUACUAAGUGUGUGGUUGUAUGUUGUAAAACAAUUUUUUUGGCCCUCCUCUCUUGUGCUCUUUCUUUUUUAAGAAGGAUUUUUUUCUUAUUACUUUUUUUGUCUGUUCUGGUUUACAUGUCUAAUAGAAAAACUGUAAAAAGACAAAAAAGGCAAAACAAAAGAACACAAUUCGCCAUCCAGCAGCAUUGUUCUCUGUCGGUUGAUGCAUUUUGACAAGUUAAAAUCCCAACCACUCAACAGGAAGGCAAGGAAACUGGAAAAGAAUCUAUCUGAAUAAAUCAAUCUAUAUAUAAAUGUACAAAAGUAUAUACGGUAUAUAACGAGGGUGCCGUUUCUGGUUUUUUUAUUGAUAUUAUCAGUGUUUGUUUUGGGGAGGAGUUAUAUUGUCAAAGACUAAACUGGCAGAAAUUGGCGAGGCCCCUCAGUGUUAGAAAUUUUCACCUUGACUGCUGCGUAUUCUUUGUUGUUGCAUCGGCAACACCUUAUGACAAGUAUGGCACCCUGCACGGGACAAAAAACGGGACCGGAGUUCCAUCGGCUCCAUUUCUGCUACCAGUCCAAGGCAAGAACAACAACACACAGACAUUUGUAAAUUGUAUGCAACAAAAAUUGCAAACUUUACCAUUAUUUUGAAAUUGUGUAUGUAAAAGUUAUAUUUUUACAUGUAGACGGUUGUUAUUUUGUGUUUUAGAAAUAUGUUGUAUCGUUUUGUUUCUUUUUUUGUUAAAGGAUAAAAAGUACAAUUCAGUGUGUGUUGAAAAAAAUGUGUCACAUUGAAAGUGUAGUGAGAUCAAAAGUUCAAAACUCAUUUGUUUUUGUUUUUUUAAUGUUUAUAUCUGCGGGAGACAUCUUCAAGGGUUUGAAGGAGGAAUCAGAACUCAAAAUAUUCAUGUUUCUUUACCCCUCCAUGCCUCAUAGCAUUUCCUUUCAGUUGCAGAAAUCUGUGUAAAUAGUCAUCAGCCAGUUUCUGUGGGGUGGAGAUUUGCCAGUGAGACAAGACGAUCAUGACGAUGAACACUUUCGGUUUUUUAUUGGUGAGGUCGUAACUGUGUCUGGCUACAUUUGCCCUGUGCCAACUUUUAGUUUUGGACCGUGGUGCCCAGUAGUGUUCGUGGUUUUGGUUCCAGACCAUCUGAAGUGUAGGUCAAACUGUCGUCUUUGCACGCACCAAGCAUCACUUCGUUCAAAGCCAGCUCACCGAGAAUUCUGUUAGAUUCUUGCCAAAAAUCAUAUUAUUUGAAUAUUUUGUUUCAAUUCUAAAAGCUGGUUGAAUACAGAAAUGUUUGUGGGAACAACCUUUUGGAUGGUUGAACAAAUUUUGGACAAAUUUUAACUUUGGUAGCCAAAGAGUGUAAAUCAGCUUGGCGCCCCCUGGUGGCUGUGGGUCCACUAUGGAUUGUUUGCUUUUGUUUUCUUCAUGACGGUUUGUAAAUGUUGAAUGAAUGGAAAGCCCUCAGCACCAGAUUAAUAUAUGAUGAUAUUAGGAAAAGAUUGGAGCAUUGCUAAUAUAAACGAGCAGGUCAUCUGCAAACAAUCUUAUCAGCUAUUUCCCCAAAAAGUAAUCGGAUCUUGUGCAAGGCAGUUUCAGUCCCAAUUUAUAGUGUUUGGCAUUAAAAUUGAGCUGCUCUGACUUGGACCUAGGUCAAACACUAUGAUUGAAUCUGUCAUUGUAAGUGCUAAAUGUAUUUUAAUUAAUGUUAUUUCUGAAAAUUUUAAUUUCAUAUUUUCUUUGUUGUAUACUCGUCUCCCAGAUUACAGUAUCCUCAUUUUUAUGUAACCCCUCAUUGGUUCUAUUAGCCAAACUGUUAACGUUUUUGUUCCUUGUUGUACAUACACACCUCAUUUCUCUUUUUCAGUGACUUUGCCAUGAGCUUUGUAAUCUGUUACUCUGUACCAGUUUAACUGCAAUAAUGAGUUGAAUUCAAAAUGGCCUUUUUUCUGUCCUCUUUUAUUUAUGUAUGUGUGUGAUUUAAAAAGUAAAAUGCUUUUUAGGUGUUUUCAUGAGGAUAUUAGGAGUGCAACAGUUUCAAAUGAACUCCAACCUUUUACCAAAAGGCAGUUAAAUAUGAUAAACUGUACAGUCCUAGUUAGAAGUUGAUAUCCACUCAUUAUGGGCAUGAAUGACAUUAAUUUUAGUGCGUUUGAUUUAUUGACCUUGUUCCAUGAUGAAUGGAUGGAAACUUCUGACGCUCAUUCUUAAGUUCAUUAACUUUAAACUUUUCUUGUCACUAAGAUAAAAAGGGCAUUGAAUUAUUUGAGUUGACACAUUUUUUGCAAACAAAGAUAUCUGAUCAUGUUUGGGACAAACAUUUGUUUUACGAAGGGUAGCAAUUAAAGUUGUAAUGUGCUGUUUGAGUAUAAUAUAGCUACUAUACGAUACACAAUCUCCAGCCACUUUAUCUGGUACACCUGUUCAAUUGCACAAAUCACCCCAAAUCAGCCAAUUACAUGGCUGCAACUCAAUGCAGUCACGAUGUAGGAAAGACUAAGUUGCUGAAGUUCAAAGCGAGCAGAAUGGGGAAGAAAAGAGGAUUAAAGAGACUUUAAACAUGG